AUGUUGAACAUGUUGUUGUGGGCUGAAACCACCGGGCAGCUUCUGACUAUACCGCUGCAAGACUGCAUCCUGAAGUUGUACCCACGUCUUCCUCUGAAGUCUGUCGAUGCUACUGGGCUCAUCGAUAUGUUCGUGGCUACGGAGUGGCCUGACGAACUCUCGGAGCGUCCUGGCAUCUACGCCAUCCUCCGCAGCGCGGCAGUCGUGCCAACAGUGCACCUGCAAAACCGUGCACACUUGAUGCUCCGGGCUGGAGACUUGGUGGAAGUGACAGAAGUCGUUUACAACAAAGACGAGAUGAGGCUCCGGGGCCGCAUCGUCAAUCCACCAGGUUGGAUCAGCAUCCUCGACCUGGACGAUGGACAUCGCUGGGCCGAGCGGCAGGAGGACGCUCCCGACGUCGAAGAGAACUUGGUAAGGCUGAUGGUCUUCGUCUUCCUCUGGGUGAGCUGUAUCUUCACCUUGUUGGUGCUGCCUGCACCACCUAUGUCACUGCAGGCGAGAUCCGGCGGUGUUGGCGGAGUGAUCGUCUAUCGGCAAGAGCCCACCCUUUCGCGCCUCUUCGAUGCGCUGUGGAUGCAGAGCCCACUUUUUAGCGGCCUCAUGGUUCUUGUGCUGAUGGUCACGCCUGCGCUGUUCCUUUGUGUUGCAUUUGCAAGAAUCAUGCUUUUCAGACACUUCUUCGACCCGAUUUGGGCCAGGCGACUUUGGUACCUGGAGCAGCUCCUGAAACCCUGGGUCAUGGGAGAUGUCGCUGCGGUGUCCAUUACUUCCCUCUUCCUGUCUAUUCAGGAGCCCUCCACGGAUUUCGUCUUCCUCUGUGUGCGCCUGGCGCAGCCGAUUCUUGGCCACAGCAUGGCCGUGUAA